AGAACAUUACAAGAAUUAGUAUUAUUAACGAUGAAAGACCCAGGACUGCCUAAAAAUUCACUAAAGAAGUCGAAACUAGACGAUUAUUUCAAGAAAGUCGAAAGAAACACAGAAGAGAACCUUCAAGAGCAAAGCACAAGUGCGGACGUGCAAAAAAGUCUGCGGUGUCCCAAGAGAAAAGUGUUGGAUGAUGAUGCAACAGAUGACAAUAUUAUUGCCAAAAAAGAAAAACGGGCGGUUCGAAAGCGCAGCAGUGGCCAUUCAAUGAAAAAACUGGCAAAGUCGCAGAUGGUGCUAGACUGUGGUCAAUCAGUGAUCGGAAGUACAAAAUGCAAAGAUUGUCGAAUGAUGUAUUCCGUGGAUUCAGCUGAAGACGUUGCAGAACACGAAAAGUUUCAUAAUGCCUGGAGGUUCCGAUUCGAGAUUUCCAGGACUUUCGUUCCAAAUUUCUUAAACUUCCACAAUCGUGAUCAUGGAAAUUUUAAAGUCUACUAUCUCGCCACUUUCGCAGAUGGACCAUUCAAAAAACUUUUCAAUGAACAUAUGAAGAAAAUAAACGAAGAACUUGGUUAUUGUGAUGAAAAGAAUGAUUUAUGGUCUCCGGAGAAAAGAAUAUUCUUGGUACUUAGUGUAAGAGAAGAGAGAAUGCUUAUUGGAGGAAUUUUAGUUAUCGAAAAAAUUUCCAGGGCGUGGACAAAUGUUGGGAAAAUGGAAGUUACGGACAACAAUGAUAUAAAUGAUUGGAUAGUGGGCGUCGAUCGUAUAUGGGUAGAUUCACAUUGUCGAAUGAAAGGUGUUGCUAACUCUCUUCUGGAUGCUGCAACAACUCAAGAUCGUCAAAUGGAAUUCCGAUCGAGACGUCUUAGAAUUGCGUUUUGUGAUCCAACGGAUGACGGAAUCAAAUUGGCUAGACGAUUUAUUGAAACAAGAUAUCAAAAAGAGGAUCAAUAUAAUGGGGAGAUUCUCAUUUAUUAACAGCAUUUAUUUCAUCUUGUUUUUUUCCACAUGUAACUCACUUUCUUUUCUGAAUAUUUUACCAAUUCACAUGUUUAUACCAGUUUUCUUUGUUCGGGUUGCUUACUCGUGUAUUCGAAAUAUCGCACAACAAUCUCAAAAUUCUUCAUUUAAAAAAGUUUGAAAUUUUU